GUCCGUGGCAUCAACAAACACGUCCGUGUUCUCAUAAGCGAAGAACACACUAUUGUUAAAAACCUCCGGAGACGUGGAAGGCCUCUUUAAAGACGAUUAUCGUGGCUGUGUUGACAAAGCUUAGGUCGAGGGUUCCAAGCGGGGGGAGUCUGAGACCAAGGUGCUGUCAGUCUGGGUACUCGGAAUUCCCGACUUCCGGGUGCUGCUUGAAGGCAGCACGCUGAUUGAAUGGAAGAAAGCAGGGGAGCGAAUCAGACUGAUGUGGGCAAGAGCAGGCCUCUUGCAAGGGACUGCAGCACCCAGACCAUUAGCACAGGAGGGCAAGGUCAUGGUCUCAGGUUGUCAAAGAUAAACCUGUUCAGCUUGUUGAGUUUGUGGUUGGAGUUGUUCCCCCUGGAGCGACCUAAAGAAGAUGAUCAGAUCCGCAAUGUGGGUCUCGUGGUGGUGCAGGACACCAAAGUGAUGGGACUCCACUACUCUGGACAUGAGCUCCACGCGGGUCAAGCCGCCAUCAUCCAACAUGGCGCCCGUCUGGCCGACUGUCAGCUGUACUUCUCCAGGCGACCGUGCGCCACCUGCCUAAAGAUGAUCAUCAACGCCGGGGUGAGUCAGAUCUCCUUCUGGCCUGGAGACCCUGAGGUCAGCAUGCUGAGCUGCAGCCCCCACGGUUCUCCCACCCCAGAGGAGGCCAUGUUGGAUGCCAUGGCAACGGAGAAGCUGAAGUCCAACAGCCGCUCCCACAUAUGUUUGCUCCUCCAGCCUCUCGCUCCUGGCAUGGCGCAGUUUGUUAGCGAGACGUCCAGAGAGUGUGACUUCAUGGUGAGCGCCACUGACGACGACGAUUUCAACCUGAACACUGAAGAACUCUUCUGCAGGGAACAAGAAAGACACUUCCAUGAUUUCUCCAAACACUUCCUGAUCGAGAGCGCCCAUCAGCACAGAGAGAUUUUGACCAUGAUGCAUCUGGAGAACUUCUGCGUGGAACCUUACUUCUCCAACCUGAGACGCAACAUGAGGGAGGUGGUGGAGGUUCUUGCCUCAGUGGCGGCCGGGGUGCCUCAGCGACACUGCGGCUUUCACCGGGAACCCCCAGCUGCUGAUGCAUCGUCAUCAACAUCGUCGUCAUCGUCGCCGCCCCCUUGCCAUGAGGGCGUGUCCCAAGAAAUCGCCCGUCAUUGCAUCAUCCAGGCCAGACUGUUGGCUUACAGGACAGAGGACCCAAAAGUGGGCGUCGGCGCCGUGAUCUGGGCUCACAGACAGUCGGCUGUCUGUAACAGAUCAGGUGGCCUGUCCCUAGUGGGCUGCGGCUAUAACGCUUACCCGGCGGGUUCGCAGUACGCCGAGUACCCGCUGAUGGACGACAAGCAGGAGGACAAACGGCGACGCAAAUACCGAUACAUUAUCCACGCGGAGCAGAACGCCCUCACCUUCAGGACCCGCGAUAUCUACCCAGAGGAAGCCGCCAUGUUGUUCGUGACAAAAUGUCCCUGUGACGAGUGCGUCCCUCUGAUCCGAGGCGCCGGCAUCACGCACAUCUACACCAACGACCACGACCGGGAUCGGGACAAAGGAGACAUUUCCUACCUGCGCUUCAGCAACCUGACGGGCAUCCAGAAGUUCAUAUGGCAAAGGAACCCAGUCACGUCCUCCUACGUCAACGCCAACGGCUUCGCGGGCAAGCGCAGGCAGCGGGAGGAGCAGGAGAAGCAAGGCAUCAAGAAGCUCCGCGACGACAGCGCGGCCGACAACUCGCCUCCUAUGAGCUGAGUAUCGCUUUCCCUGGAGGUCCACAAACAUUUGAUGUUCUUCAUGCUGCUGUUGAGGAGAACUCUCACCAAACCACACCGACCUCAUCUUUACGAAGCAACUCACACAUAAAAAUCAUGUUUAAGUUCAUUAUCAUACCAUCAGAGGUCUUCAACAGGGGACCCCUAGGGCAGUGGUUCUCAAAUGGGGGUACGUGUACCCCUGGGGGUACUUGAAGGUAUGCCAAGGGGUACGUAAGAUUUUUUUUUAAAUAUUCUAAAAAUAGCAACAAUUCAAAAAUCCUUUAUAAAUAUAUUUAUUGAAUAAUACUUCAACAAAAUAAAUGUUUAGAAUUAAGUUCAUGAAUCCAGAUGGAUCUCUAUUGCAAUCUCCAAAGAGGGCACUUUAAGUUGAUGAUUACUUCUAUGUGCAGAAAUCUUUAUUUAUAAUUGAAUCACUUGUUUAUUUUUCAACAAGUUUUUAGUUAUUUUUAUAUCUUUUUUUCCAAAUAGUUCAAGAAAGACCACUACAAAUGAGCAAUAUUUUGCACUGUUAUACAAUUUAAUGAAUCAGAAACUGAUGACGUAUUUUACUUCUUUAUCUCUUUUUUUCAACCAAAAAUGCUUUCCUGUGAUUAGGGGGUACUUGAAUUUAAAAAAUGUUCACAGGGGGUACAUCACUGAAAAAAGGUUGAGAACCACUGCCCUAGGGGGUCCAUGUAGGUACUGCACUUUUUGGUUGAUUAUACUUUAUUUUGAAUAUAUUUUUAGAUUCACCAGGUAAUUCUUCCAUGAGUUUAAAUGUAUUUAAAUACACAUUAAGACACUGUAAUGUAGUAUCGAAAUAGAAGUGGCAUGGACACUCGGGCCGUGAAUCUUUGGGCACCGCGCGGUUCGAUUCGAUUCCUGAGGAUAACAAUUCGAUUCAGAAUCGAUUCUACAUUCAAAAUUCAUAAAUUUUUAAUGACAUUGGGUGUCAAUUCUUUGAUUAACUACAUUCCUACACAAAAUAGAUAAACAGCUCUGAUAAAUGUUUGUAUUACUUCAAAGAAAACUGUUUUGGGAUCUGAACCGAGGAUGUCGUUGUGGCUUGUGCAGCCCUUUGAGACACUUGUGAUUUAGGGCUAUAUAAAUAAACAUUGAUUGAUUUUGUUCAAUACAAUUCUACCCAAAUAAUUAAUAAAGUCAAAUACAAAUAAGGCAACUUAUUUUUUUCUAAAGGAGAUCUGUACAACAAAUAUGAUCAUCUACAUCAACAAUAUGAUUUGCCUAAGUGGCUUGACAGGACAGAUUGAAUAUAUAUAUAUAUAUAUAUAUAUAUAU